CCCACCUGGCCAGCAGCCCUGCGGAGAGAAGUCCCUUGACCUUGGCUUCCAGACGUUUCCCAGCAACCCCCAUGGCUCUGGCAAUGCUGAAUGAGCUCCUGGCGGAUGACCCACGCCCGCCUCUGCUGCUGUACCAGGUUGGCAAGACUGCCCAGUUAGAGGCCCUGAACUACCAGAGCUGCUCUAUGCAGGAGGUCUUCGCGUGCUUCCCCGAGGUCUUAUUUAUCCACCGCACCUAUAACCCCAGGGGCAAAGUGUUAUAUACCUUCCUGGUGGACGGGCCGCGGGUGCAGCUGGAGAACCAUCUCGCCCGGGCCGUCUACUUUGCCGUCCCUGUCAAGGAGGACGCUGAAGGCCUGGCCCAGAUGUUCCAGGUGUUCAAGAGGUGUAACCCGGCGUGGGAGCGCGUCUGCACCGUCCUGGUGGACCCGCACUUCCUCCCUGUGCCCACCCUGGCGAUGGAGUUCCCCGCAGCCGAAGUCCUGCUCUCGGCCUUUCACAUCUGUAAGUUCCUCCAGGGCAAGUUCUACCAGCUGGCCCUGGGGCAGCCCCUGGAGCGGACGCUGCUGGCCUCUCUGCAGAGCACCAUGUGCUCAGCCACGGCGGGCAACCUGCGCAAGCUGCAUGCGCUCCUGGGCACCUGCGUCCCGGCUGCCCAGCUGCCCCAGCUCCAUGCCCACUGGCUGCUCAACGACCGCAUCUGGCUGGCCCACCGCUGGAGGAGCCGCGCCGAGAGCAGCCGCUACUUCCAGGGCCUGGAGGUCGCCACCCGCGUCCUCAGCCUGUCCUUCGGCGCCAGCCCGUCUGCGGAGCAAGGGGUGGCCGCCGUCCUCCGCUCGCUGCAGCACGGCUCCUCCGCGGCGGGCCAGGCCGGCUUCAGCCUGGGCGGGACCGACCCCCUCCUCCACGGCCCCUCCGACCACCGGAGCCCCGAGAGCCCCGGGCAGCUGGUCGAGGCCCGCAUCCAGCACUCCCUCAACGCCAUCUGCACGGGGCCGGCGGCCCAGCUGUGCCUGGGCGAGCUCGCGGUGGUCCAGAAGUCCGUGCACCUCAUCGGCUCGGGCUCAGAGAAGGUGAACAUUCAGAUCCUCGAGGACACGCACCGGGUGCAGGCCGAGCCCCCCGCCAGCUGCAGCUGCUACUUCAACCAGGCCUUCCGCCUGCCCUGCCGCCACAUCCUCGCCAUGCUCAGUGCCCGCGGGCAGGUGCUCCAGCCGGACAUGCUGCCCGCCCCGUCGUGGACCGCGGGCUGCGCGGCCAGCCUGGACGAUGUCCUGAGCAGCAAGUGCAACGAGGCCCUGGAUAAGCACCUGGCCGUGGCGCUCCUGACGGAGGAGGUGGAGCAGCUCCUGCAGCGCUGCAGCCAGGAGGAGUUCGCCCUGCGCUACGGCACCCUGCGGGAACUGGCCGACAGCUGGAUCGGCCCUUACGAGCAGAUCCAGCUGUGACGAGCGCCCCGCCCCCGCCCCCUGCGCACGCUCCAGCGCGCACAUGCACGGUCCUGCUUUCCGAGGCGCCUGGGGCCAGAAGGGACAAGGCUCCCCCUGCGGCAGGGCAGGCAGCCUGGAUCUUAACUGCGUCCAGCUGGUCCCCGGCGGGGGGCCGUUAGUAAACCAUUUUAGGCUUUGCUGCCCUUCAGCAGCCUUCAGCCUCUGAAGGUACCCUGGGAGUUUUGCUACUGUCGUUGUUGACGGCCUUUCAGAAGGUCAAAGCUGGGAAGGGGGAGGGGGCGGGGCAAGAAUGUGACUGGGCAGUGGAGCACAGGGCUGGCCCUGUGGGGGCCCUUGGGUUUGUUUGCCGCAGGGUCCAGGCCAGUCUGAGCUCAAGGGCUUGAGUGAUCAGUGACCCCUGCUGAAGACAGGGUGGGGGAGAUGGGGCCGACUGGGGCUCCCCGGUUCAGGCUCAUGGGGGAGGGGGAAGUCGGCAGAGAUGCUGGGCGGUGCUGAGCCCCGCCUCCUGCCUGACCCCGCCUCACCCGGCCCCCUCCCUGCAGUUAUUAAAGUUGAAUGUUGCCUCUUCCAAGUGCAUGUCUCUUGGGGUUUCUUCGCUCCUGACUGCCCGGGAACUCUUAUGAGAGGUCCUGGGAUUCAGAUGC